UUGGGAUGAGACUCACUUUGGAAAAAUGGGAAGUUACUAUAUCAACCGCACGUUUUUCUUUGAUGUACACCCACCUCUGGGAAAGAUGCUGAUCGGUCUUGCUGGCUACCUGAGUGGAUAUGAUGGUACCUUUUUGUUCCAGAAGCCUGGGGACAGUUACGAGCACCACAGCUAUAUGGGAAUGAGAGGAUUUUGUGCUUUCCUGGGUUCCUGGCUGAUCCCUUUUGCCUACCUCACCGUACUGGAUCUGUCCAAGUCCUUCCCAGCAGCACUGCUCACUGCCGCCCUUCUCACCUUUGACACAGGAUGCCUCACUCUGUCCCAGUACAUUCUCCUUGACCCUAUCCUGAUGUUCUUCAUCAUGGCUGCCAUGCUGAGCAUGGUCAAGUACAACUCCUGUGCUGACAGGCCUUUCUCUGCCCCCUGGUGGUUCUGGCUCAGCCUGACUGGCAUUAGUCUCGCUGGUGCUUUAGGGGUCAAGUUUGUUGGCCUCUUUAUCAUCCUGCAAGUGGGACUGAAUACCAUUUCAGACCUUUGGCACCUGCUUGGAGACCUCAGCCUUUCACUGGUGACUGUGGGGAAGCACCUGACUGCUCGAAUCCUGUGCCUCAUAGUUCUGCCUUUGGUGCUCUAUGUGACCAUUUUUGCUGUUCAUGUCAUGGUACUGAAUAAAAGUGGUCCUGGUGAUGGCUUCUUCAGUUCUUCCUUUCAAGCCCGGCUUUCAGGAAACAGCCUUCACAAUGCUUCUAUCCCCGAAUACCUGGCUUACGGCUCUGUAAUCACUGUGAAGAAUCUCCGGAUGGCCAUUGGCUACCUGCACUCCCAUAGGCACCUCUACCCUGAGGGCAUUGGUGCUUUCCAGCAGCAGGUUACCACCUAUUUGCAUAAGGACUACAACAACCUGUGGAUUAUCAAGAAACAUAAUACAAACACAGAUCCCCUAGAUCCUUCAUUCCCAGUGGAGUUUGUCAGACAUGGAGACAUCAUUCGACUAGAACACAAAGAAACGACUCGGAACCUGCACAGUCACUAUCAUGAGGCCCCCCUGACCCGGAAGCACUAUCAGGUCACUGGCUAUGGCAUAAAUGGGACAGGGGACUCAAAUGAUUUCUGGCGGAUUGAAGUUGUAAACAGAAAAUUUGGGAACCGGAUCAAGGUACUGAGAAGUCGAAUUCGCUUCAUCCAUUUGGUCACAGGUUGUGUCCUGGGAUCUUCAGGAAAGAUUCUGCCCAGGUGGGGCUGGGAGCAGUUGGAAGUAACUUGCACUCCGUACCUAAAAGAAACUGCUAACUCCAUCUGGAACAUAGAAGAGCAUAUCAAUCCCAAACUGCCAAACAUCAGCCUGGAUGUUCUGCAGCCCAGUUUUUCAGAGAUCUUGCUGGAGUCCCACAUGGUUAUGAUCCGGGGAAACAAUGGCCUCAAACCCAAGGACAAUGAGUUCACAUCCAAACCCUGGCACUGGCCUAUCAAUUAUCAGGGCCUGCACUUCUCAGGGGCCAAUGACACAGACCUCAGAGUCUAUCUGCUUGGCAACCCUGUGGUCUGGUGGCUGAAUCUGGUGAGCAUUGUCCUCUACCUUCUCUCUGGGAGCACCAUUGCCAUCGCUCUGCAGAGAGGGGUGCAGUUGCCAGCAGAGUUGGAAGGGCUGACCAGGGUGCUGCUUCGAGGAGGCGGCCAGCUGCUGCUGGGCUGGAUACUCCAUUACUUCCCCUUCUUCCUGAUGGGCCGGAUCCUCUACUUCCACCACUACUUCCCAGCCAUGCUCUUUUCUACCAUGUUGACAGGUAUCCUGUGGGAUACACUACUGAGGCUCUGUGCCUGGGGCUUGGCCUCUUAUCCCCUGGGUAGCAGAAUACAUGUGAUGGGAAUCCUAAGCCUGCUUCUGGCAACUGCCUACAGCUUCUACCUCUUCCACCCUCUGGCUUAUGGGAUGGUUGGUCCCCUAGCCCAGGAAUCUGAGAGUCCAAUGGCAGGACUAAGGUGGCUAGAAUCAUGGGAAUUUUGAGGCCACUGCCAGGACCCCAGCCUGGAUCCAGGUAUUGUCCAGGGACACCCAGCUAUGGAGCCAGAUCCUGGGCCCUUCCAACUCCAGGGGAGCUGCCUGAGGAGCCUACAGCAUUCUGCUACCCUCAGGACCAAACUCUGGGAAACAGACCUGGAUUUAAUACUAAAAGGAGCCACAGCCCUGUCUGCAGCACCUACACAGGACACUUUACCUACAGCACCACUUGGUGCCAGUUCCCUCCUGUGCAACACAAGGAAAGCGGGCGUGAGUGUGGGAGGGUGCAUAUGUUUAAUCCCCUUGGAGUGUAGACCAUCUAACUGGAGUGAAGUGUCUUAAAUUCCAAGAAAUGGUCCAAGGUUAACAGGAUAUUCUCUGGCAUCUUUUUACAUUGAAUGUGGUUUCAUUGGGGUUUAUAAGGUCCAUAAGAAAUUCUUGGAUCUCCAGGAGGGCUGAGUGCUGCCCCACCCCUCACAGUGUUACAAAGAAAGGCACAGCAGGUGGGACCACCAAAACUCUCCUCCCCUCCCACACUGGGGCGCUGGCCCUCUGCUAUACCAUAAGUCUUCUGUGGAUACAGUGUUGCCCAUGGUAUGUACCUGGCACAAGCUGGCAGAGAAGUUGCCAGUCUGUGUUUGGCCUUCCUUGGGUUUUUAGUUCCCUGUUCUCUGAACUGGGUGGGUGGAACCCACCUCUUGGCUGCUAUGUGCCCAGAGUCUGUUUCUCCCCCUUUCUCUGCAGCUGCCUGGCUCUGAGGACUAAGCCCUGCUGGCUGAUAGAGCCAACAGCCGAGUCAGAGCAGAGAUCUGUGGGGCUGAGCAUCUACUGGGAUGUGGGGUAAGGGACACUCAGCCUGUCUGGGCUGAGGUUCCUGCAUGGCAUUCCUGUUUUCACACUUCAGCCCUCCCUGCCAUACCUUCUUUUGCCUCGUUGUCUUUGCUUCCCUUCUGACACUGCCUUAUCAAGUCUUUUCCCCCAAAGACCAGAGCACCUGAAAAACAGCUUCUAGUGCCCACCACUUUCAGCCCAGAGCUGUUCUUCCAUUUCCUUGCCCAAAGGGAGAAAGAAAAUUUGGUCAGAACUAAAGCAACCCAAGACCAGUCCUUUAGUCUGCCUUCUUCCUUUCAGUUCAGAACAAAGUAAUUAUUUGAUCCCAGAAGAUUUUGAUAUUUCAAGGUUUAAUGAUGAAUUUGCCACACUCCAUCUUCUCAACAACUCUGACAGGGUCAGAGCUCUUUAAAGCAUCUUCAGGAGGUGGUUGCCACGGAGACUGGAAAUUGGUCUCAGGGACAGGCUGUGCUACCUGCAGAGUGGUGGAGAGGGAAGCUUCUGGACCCUGCUUGGACAUUCAGCUGGAGCAUCAUUAAUGUUAAUAGAGGAAAUGCAGCCCUGUCAAGAGCAAGGCAAGGUAGCUAAUUAGAUCUGAGGCCCACUGACCAUCCUCUCCCAUGGCUGCACUCUUUUGACUCCUCUCCUCCCCCCAGCAGGAAGUGCGGCUUGUGUGUGGAGUCUGAGCUGCCUGCCUAAUUGCAUUUCUGGCAGGGACUGCGGAGCUCUGCUCCCAUUACCCUCCCCAACCUUUGCCUGCAGCACCAGGCAGAGCUUGUUCUGAGCCCAGUGGGGUACCAUCUGGGUAGAUUUUCCUGAGAGGGGAUGCAGGAAUCUGUGCUUGGCUCUUAACAAGGAGACCCAUGGGGGUAUUGGACAGGUGGCUGAAUUUUCUUGUGUCUUAUUUCUGGAGGCACUUAUUAGAGGGAGCCCUGAAGUAACCAGGGGGUAGGAGAGCUCAGUGGGCUCCAGCAUGCCCCUCCCCCUAAUGUCACACUGAGGACAGAAGGCUUCUCUUGUUUCCAAGUGUGGGAAGAAGGGUGUUCCCCAUCUACUCCCUCUUCUUCCAUACCCAAACUGGCAGAUGCUUAUAUGGGGAAAAGGCCACGUGGUGACAUCACUGAAUACUUGGAUUCUAUUUGGAAGAUGGAGGGGCGGUGGGCUCUAGGGUGCUGCUUUGCAUGUGGCCUGCAGCCCUCAGGAAGAGGCUGGCAGAGAUGUGGUACAUCUAAGGCUGCUGGCAAGGAAGAAGGUGUGCCAAGCAGCCUAACCCAGGCACCGUCUCAAACUACCACACUUUGUUCUUUCUUUUUUUCUUUUUUAAGUUUCCAGAGAUAAUCAGAGACCAUUAAUUUUGUAAUAAAUAGCUCUUGUUUUCAACACUAA